UAAACAAAAAACAACAAAAAUGGUGCAUUCAGUUGAUGUUGCGACGAUAGCCGGAACAAGUGAAAUGGACCAAACAAAACGCACAAAGCCUUCCACAUUGCGACGCACACUAAAUGCGCUGCGUCAUCGUUUAACACGUCGCAGUCGUACCAAGCCGCCCGAYUGGUUUCUUGAGAAAUUCUCCAAUACAAAUAAUGUAGAUAAAAUUGGCAAGACUACAACGGCUACAACAACAGCCGCAGUUGCGGCUAGCGAAGAAGGCGCAAGUGGACCAACACCGGCGAAUACGGCGCCAGCCGAUGAGGGUCUAUCCAGUGAAAUWCGUGGCUCAAGUCGACUGUGUAAUCGRCUAUCGGUGAACCCGACACUCCAGUCACAUUACAGGUGGCUUGGUAUUGUAUCGUUGGCUGUUCUCUAUAACAUAAUCUUUGUGGUGGGUCGUUCCGUCUUCUGGGAGAUAAAUCAUCGUGCUCCAACGGUAUGGUACUUCCUGGAUUAUUUAUGUGAUUGCAUAUAUUUAGUCGAUACACUAGUACAUAUGCAUGAGGGUUACUUGGAUCAGGGUCUGCUGGUGCGCGAUGCUUACAAAUUACGACGUCAUUACUUUCACACCAAAGGUUGGUCCAUCGACGUGCUGUCAAUGCUGCCAACCGAUCUCGCCUAUAUAUGGUGGUCGCCGAGCUCUUGUAGUGCCGGUGGCUUACCUUGUCCCGUGAUAGUGCGCUUAAAUCGUUUGUUACGUGCCCCUCGYCUCUGGGAGUGGUUCGACCGUACCGAAACGGCGACGGGUUAUCCGAAUGCUUUUCGUAUUUGUAAAGUGGUGCUCGCUAUUUUAGUGUUGAUACACUGGAAUGCCUGCAUGUAUUUUGCAAUUAGUUAUUAUCUCGGUUUUGGUUCGGACAACUGGGUAUAUAAUUUGAAUGGUCCAAGGAAUAGUACAUUGCAGAGACAAUACAUUUAUAGCUUUUAUUGGUCUACAUUGACAUUGACGACGAUCGGUGAGACUCCAACGCCAGAAAAUGAUGCGGAAUACUUGUUUGUGGUGGCAGACUUUCUGGCAGGCGUGCUGAUCUUCGCUACAAUUGUAGGUAACAUUGGUUCGAUGAUUUCCAAUAUGAAUGUGGCACGUGUCGAGUUUCAAAACCGCAUGGACGGUGUCAAACAGUACAUGGCCUUCCGGAAGGUUGGCCAUGAGUUGGAGGCGCGUGUAAUACGUUGGUUUGCCUACACUUGGUCCCAGAGUGGAGCGCUCGACGAGGAACGCGUGCUGGCCGCACUACCGGAUAAACUGAAAGCGGAGAUUGCCAUACAAGUGCACAUGGACACACUAAAACAGGUGCGCAUUUUCCACGACUGCGAACCGGGACUACUGGAGGCACUUGUGCUGAAACUAAAACUGCAAGUCUUCAGUCCCGGCGACUAUAUUUGUCGUAAGGGCGAUGUCGGCAAAGAAAUGUAUAUAGUGAAACGAGGCAAAUUGUCGGUGGUCGCAGACGAUGGCGUCACAGUGUUUGCAACACUUGGCGCCGGCUCAGUUUUCGGUGAGGUGUCAGUGUUGGAAAUAGCAGGAAAUCGCACCGGUAAUCGACGUACAGCGAAUGUACGUUCACUAGGCUAUUCGGAUCUCUUUUGUUUGGCGAAACGUGAUUUAUGGGAAACGCUGUCCGAUUAUCCGGAAGCGCGUGCCACACUCACGGAACGCGGCUGUCAGCUGUUGCGUAAAGAUGGUCUACUGGACGAGAGCGUUUUUGCGGAUUCACAACGCGCGCACGACAGCAUCGAGUGCGGCAUCGAAAAGUUAGAGAUGUCCGUGGAGAAUUUAAAUGUGCGGUUGGCACGCUUACUUGCCGAGUACACAGCCAGUCAGGCGAAACUGAAGCAACGGCUGGCGAAACUGGAAUCAAACUAUCAAUUAACCCACAACUCUAACGCCGGCAUCAGCGUCGUCGAACCGCAGGCACGUCCACGCAGCGGGCGUCUCUACUCGCUGCAACUGAAGAAGCGUACGCGGCAAAAACAUCUAACGGCAUUCACGAAAUCCAACGAGAGCAGCAAACAGAACACGCUGUAAGCGUGCCACGUUGUUGCAUAAGUGAUGCUGGCAAUGCCAAAGCCAAUGCCCGSCAAGRCCAACAACAAUGGGCAGCAAAUAAGCCAAAUAAAUGGAAUUUCAUUGCAAGCCGGAAGAAAAAUUGCGGGGGCCCAAUAACUAAGUGCAGAGGCAAUGCUGGCAAAAGCCACGCGAAGCGUAAGUGGCACAAAUUUAUACGUGAAUGUAUGCGUGCGUGUGUGUCCACCCACCGUUUGUCCUUCGAAUGUGGCUUUGAUGCGCUUUGUUGUUUGUUUGCCGAAGUUGUCGACUUGUCAGCUUUUAUUUUCACGAAGUGAAGCCAAAUGCAGUURUCCGUUGGUCCACUAUUACGCAAGGCAACGCCAACAACCAAACAGCCACCUUCCCACUCUUCAGUCAACUUGUACGUGCCGAUGCUCUGAGAUGCGAUACUAAAUGGUGAUAAAUGAAUUGAAAUUCA